AAAAAUAUGUAUGUAUAGUUGGACGUGCCAUUAGAGUAUGCAGCCACCAGGCAGGCAUCGUCCCCAUACCGCAUUUAAGGAAGCGUCAUUGGCCACGUGUAAUCUCUGCCUAAGCCGCCAUAGCUAGCUACAUACUAACCCAUAAUUAUAUUAUUAUUACUCCGAUCCAUUCCGUUGCCUCUACAUAUAUUUGAACUUAUCUUCUUCAAUUCGAUCAAUUGGGAAUUUAGUGAAACCAGCUUUCAAUUCAAUUCACGUGUUUGACUUCAUCCAUCCCCCAAACAAAGAAAAGAAUUAAGGACUCGCGGAGGCCGGAAAGGAGAUAUCGAUCAAUUCAAUUCAAUGGCCGGAGAAGAGCCUAUUCUCUCAAGAAUUCAACGCCUUGACACCGUCCUUAAACAACUGGAAGGCAUGAAAGGCGGCGGCGGGACCACACAGUCAGCGAAGAGCUCCACCGCUUCCUCGACGGCGUCAAGCGGCGAAGUGGCGGUGGGGCAAGCGGUAGCGCUGACGUCAUCUUCUCCGGACUACUACUUCUAUUGCUCUCCCACCAUAAAACAAGGCUUGGAGAAGCAAUGCCGUCCGAUGAAGGAGGUGGUAAUGGAGGCUGCGCUGAAAGGCACCAUCAUCCAGCGACUGGUCAACGUAGAGGAUCGCGUCACCGAACUCUGCAUGCACUUCCAACGCGCGUUUGAGGCUCUCAAGAUCAGCGGGGAGGCAGCGGCGGUGGCUCCGGCCCCCGCCCAGCAAAAACAGCCGAACAAAAUGGCGCCGAUCAUCGCCGCUGCCCCAACCGCCACUAGUAACUCUGCAGGAGGGGAACACAAGAAGUCACCCAAACUGGCGCACAAAGGCGGGUUCAAGCAAAAGUCACCUAAGAAGGGUGGUUUUAGAAGCUUUGUCAAGUCUUGUGUGAAAACUAAGGGGAAGGAUUACUAAUGCUCCAUAAUAUAAUCACCAUGUGAUAUGUAUGUAAAAAGACCUCCAUGGUUCCUUCUCAUCAAAAUUCAAUAGUUUUCACUUUGUCAAACACGUAUGAGGAUUUGUUUUGGUAGUAGUUUUGUAUUCAUAAAAGGAAAAGGCUGUUAAAUUUGCUAUGGCCAAAAGUAUCUGGAGUUGCUUUCUCACGCAAUAAUAAACAAACAUGCAAUGUUUUCUGACAUGA